AUGCAGCAUGCUAUGGGUCGCAGAUCCGACCCCAGUUCCAGCUCUACACAAUCGUCAGCAUCUCAAAUUCCCGCUUCACUCGGCAUCGCCACUCCCGCUAAUCAGAAGAGAUCGCUCAGCGAACGUCUUGGAUUCUCCAGCAGUGCUUCUUCCUCUUCUCUCUCCUCACAGCGCAAGCCCAGCGAUGGCCUCCAGUUCCCCAAUGCAGACAGCACGCCUCGUCGCAAUGCCGCCGAAUGUGGUUCUUUUCCUUCCAUUCCCAGCUGGGGUCCUCAGACGCACAACUCGUUCUCAAACCCACUCAAUGGCCUUUCUGUCAGCAGCAGUAUGGGCUCACUACGUUCGGCCUCCGCCUCCAGCUCCUCACGCAACUUUCUCGUUCCCAUUGGCGCAACAGGUGCUCGUCAAAAGCUCUCGAUUGCCAACGCUUCACAACGUCGUCGUUUGGCUGCCUCGGAUGAUGCCAGAGCUUCCAUCCAAGGCUCUCACAGUCCUCAGCCUAACAGACUAAGGCUGCAACGCUCCCAGUCCGACUUUCACAAUCUUGCGGCAAGUGCACAACAAGGCUCGUACGAUCGAGGUGUCAGCAGUUCUUCUACCGUCAGCAACUUUGCCUCUAGUCGUGCGUCGGCGAGCUCCAAUGCAUCCCAGGCAACAUUGCCUACGAACGCGACAUCAACCGAGCUCAUGCAACAGGCUGCUAUGCAGAGGUUGUCAUCCCAGCGCAUCCUGCCCAAUCUCAAAACAAGGAGUGUCUCUGAGAAAGUCAUGCCGGCCCAAAACUCUCCGAGCCGGUCACCGAUCCCACCAGCAGCGUCGAUCUCGCCGUCAGUCGAACGAGAUCAAUCCUUCGCUUCGACAUUCCAGACACAGCUGGCUCCUGCGAUUGCGGCGAGACGCCUCGAUUCAUCAGCAUCCAUAGAUGUACCCUCAAAUGUACCCACCGCCCUUGCCUCUCGUGCAAACACCGUCAUUGUACCCGAUCGAACAGCCUCGAGCCUCAAACCCGCACACGCUCACUUCCCACCUCCACCAAGAGUGAUUGACGAGCCCAGACCUGAUUUGUCCCCGCUUCUCGACUCGAACGGCAUCAAUGUUGAUAGCAGCAUCGCCUCCCGACCACUCACAAUUGCCGAGACGUACAAGCGCGCCAUGCUCGAGCGUGAUGCCCAGCGAGCGAGAACAGCGGCGCGUGCAGCCCCGACGCCACAAACGGACACACCGGCACCCACGCCCCCACCACAGGCACCUGCACCUGCAUCUGCAUCUGCAUCUGCAUCAGCAUCAGUACCGACAGCAGCAUCGACAACGGCAACGGCAACAGCAACAGCAACAGCAACAGCGCCGCCAACCACAUCCGCACCCACUCUCGACCUCAACCUGCCCACUUCCAGUUUCUUCUAUGAUGACGAUAAUUCUGCCGCUAGCAGCUCGCUCACUGCUCGACCCAAUCAGCUGGCAACGAACGGUGCGAGCGCCAGCCCGAGGUCGCGAGAUCCCUACAGCAAUCUGAAUGACGCGCCAAAAGCACCAGCAUCGCCAGUCAGUGACGAGAACAGAAGGCGUAUGGCUGCGCUAGCCAGCACUUCACCGCAGAAGGGUGGUGCCAACUUGCCCUCCCUCCAGCGAUCCUACGACGAGGCUAUGGCAAUCCAAGAUCGUAUACGCAUGGGCGUUACGGACGAGCCAGAGUUCGGCGGUCUGUUCGAUGGCAGCUCCCCACCAAAGGUACGACGCAGUAAGGAGGAGUCCAAGGCUGGGCGCUCUUAUCUGGCUUUGCGAGACGAGGAGGAAGAUACAGCAGACCGACAGCUCAAGCGCUCGCCAAAGCCGGAUACGGCAGCAUCGGCCUCGACCUCGACCUCGACCUCGACCGCGUCUCGCGGGCAGAUACAGAAGCCUCGGCAGGUCGAAGCAGCUGCCAUCGCAAAGUCGGCACCAAUCCCACCCGCCGCCGCCGUAAUGCCACAAACACCUCCAGGAGACAAGAGCUUCGUUCAAUUGUCUACACCUGACGAUGACCGAUCCACGCCAAAGAACGAGCCAAACUCCUUCGACCUCACCCCAUCGCCAAAGAUCGAACCAUCAACCGCACCGGCCGUUGCGCUUGCUGCACAAGAGCUCGAGCGACCUAGCUUGCCACGCGAAUCUUCAAUUCAGACGUUUCGAUCACCGCCAAACAAGCUCGAAUCACAGCCAGGGCCUCGUGAAGAGGCGGCAUUGCAAGCCGGUGCUUCGGCGGCAAUCACGACUUCUCCACUGCUGGCCGUAUCUCAAAUGAACGCAACGGCGACCAACAAUGACAGGUCACCAGGCUUAUCAUCACCCAUCAGCAAUGGCGAGCGCACCGUACAGUCGAGCGAGGAUCUUUCGGAUGCGAACAGGUGGAAACGCAGUCAGGACGUUCUUGCAGCCUUCUCGCCAGCACAGCAGAGUCGAUUCUCCGAGGCUAGCACCGAUUUUUCCGACUCACGUGCCCCCACACGCAACGAGAACAGGUACUCUGGUAGAGCAUCCAGCGUCUCGAGCAACGAUGGCUUGGAGGAAGAGUCGAGCGAUGGUCACAUGCUUCCCACAAGCGCCUGGCAAGAGGUUGAGAAUGCACACAGACGAUUCCGUGACAAGAACUCCGGAGCGGCAGCCGACCGCGGCCACUUGCUUCGUGCUGUCUUGCUACCCUUCCUUGCGCUCGAAGCAGAGACAGCUUCUGUCGAAGCGGUAGGUUCAGGUGUCUAUGUUAAGGGCAAGGCCAGGCGUGCACUCUUCUUCGACUGGAUCCGCUCGCUUCUCUUGGAGUUGCAGCACGUUCAGACAUCUGCCGACCGUGGCGCCAUCCUCGAAAGCAUUGCUUGCAUCAUCGAAAGCCGCAACUUCUCCGCCUCGAUCCUCAGCACCGACCCUGAAGACGAAGCUCGUUUCUCUUCGGUCUUUGGCCACAUCUUGUCGUACGCGAUGGGCGAGCUUAACAAGAAGGGAGUCUACCAGAACACGCUCAUCUUCUCUGGUCGUCUGUUGGCCGUGGCUUUCUUCAGGGUCAACGGGGUUGCCAGCAAGUUGCUGCGUGCUUUGCCAGUAAACCGAUUUGCGCUCGAACGUGUGGCUCGCGAGUUCGAAUGGCAGAGGAAGAGACCAACGGACUUCCAGAAAUUCGCCAACCGCUUCCCUGCAACGUUACGCCAGCUCUGCUAUAAGGACUCGCGCGAGUACCUCAAGAUGCUCGACAGUGAGUCGAUUGCUGGUGCAGGCAACGGGUCCGAUUCGGGGGCACAGGAGGACGAUCGGUUCUUGGUAUGCCAACCUGAAGUUGAAGUGGAGAUGUCAGGCAACUGGCUCCGUCGAUGGCAGUCGGACGAUUCGGAGCUCUUCUUUAGUUUCUGCCGCAGCUACCACCGUCAGCUCGCAAGUCUUUAUGCUAGCUCCAAAUCGCUUGAGAGCGUGUCUAAGUACUUCUUUGGCGGACCCGGCUAUGCUCAUUUGGCCACGUGUGUCCACCAAAAGUGCUUGGCGCUGGUGCACCGAGUCAUCUUGUCAGUCACCACGCUCUCGUCGCAGAAGAACUUCAAUCCAGCUGGAGAGACUGCCAACGUACUGUCAGGAAGCACAGCAGGUAAGCCACGCAUCUUGGAGGCAGCCAACCGCCGAUGCACCGCCAUUGUGGUCGACAUUGUCCGAGCUCCCGCGGGUACCAACAUGAUCUUUGCACCAAUGCUUGGCUUGCACAUCAAGGCGUUGAUUAAGCGCACCUCGUUGUACGACGUGCAAGGCGUCUUUUGUCUGCUGGACUGGCUGGAUGGCGUCAUCAGCCACAUGGACUCGAACGACCUCAUCAACGAAGGCUUGAUCGAUGUUUCGUUCAUCAUCACCACCAUCGGCAUGCUGUUGGAGAACGCAGAUCACGCGCUCGCUUUGAUGAGGACCAUCGCCUUCUGCUACGCCAACUUUGGUGUGCUUACCGCUACGACCGAGAACCGCAUCUACUUCUGCGAGCAGAUCUUGCUCAAGCCGACCGUAUUCCACAAGCUCUUCUUGUCGUGGUCGUUCACCAUCCGCGCCUACUAUUUGCAUCUACUCGUCUUCCGUUUGGCGCGCAUUCGUGACUUCCCGCCGCCCAGGGAUGACCCAGGAGGACGCACGGCACUUCGUGUGGUACGACUCUUCAACCAACGUCUCGAGGCGUUGCGAAAUAGACACGACUUGCUCUCACCUGAGAUUGACUCGAGCUCAGACGAUACCAAGUCGGAGGAUAGCAAGUCGCGCAAGUCUGGCACCUUGACUUUCGUUAGCACUAUCAAGCGUGCUUCCACCGACGGAGAUGUCACCUCGGAAGGCAGCGCAGAAGGCCGUGCCAAAGCCGAAAAGAUCAUGGGUAUGACCGCUGUAGACGGUCGAUCUGCCACAAGCAGUCCAGCAGUUAAGCCCGAAUCCGGCAAGAAGGUAUCACACUCCAAAACCAAGAGUUGGCUUAAGGCGUUCGGUCGAAGCAGCAGCUCGAACAAGCUGAGUGACAAGGCCAAGGGAGGCGAAUCUCAUCGUCAGGUCGGUGUCUUCUCGCCCACUUCGGGUAAGGUCAUGUCUCCUACCGAGUCGGAUGACGACAGCAAGACCAUCGGUAGUGCCAGGACAACGCCACGCACCUCGUUCGAAUCGACAAGCUCGGAUGCCAUGUCGGAUGUAUCAACACUGGCUGGGAGUGUCCGUGGCAACGCAGGUGGAAGGAGUUCGAAGAACGGCGCUGGAUUCGAAUUUGACAUCAAGCAGCAGACUGCAUCGCAGCAACAGCAAUCGCGCGCGUCCUCGCAAGCUUCCAAAAAUGCCGCAAACAGCGCUGUCCUCAGUCUGGCACACGAUGCCGGUAUCGCCAAGGACACGGUGUUUGAUUUGCAGUCGACUCACGCACACCCCCCUCCUACACCCGGACGAACACCACAGUCUCCUCGCAUCUCGAAAGCCUUCUCUCGUCGUGCAUCGAUGCUUCCUGGCCCAGCUUCCGAGUUGGUUGCUAGCAUGAUGGAAGGCGAAGAGGAAGUGCCUCCCGUUCCAGAUCUGCCUGCAGACACCUUUGGGCUUGGAUUGAGCGGGAUGAACGGUGGUCUAGGAGCAAGCAACAGCGCGGACGUCUAUGACGAAUCACUGCACAUCUAUGCGGUGCAGAGUCUGAGAGAAUAUGAACAAACGGUGCAGGAGCACGACGAGUUCUUUGCUUCAUUGCCAGAGGAACAGUCUGCUCAGGUGCCUAGAUUGCCUGUCAACUGGCCAGCCAUGUGGUCUUCAACGGGAGAGUAG